AUGUGUAUAGUCACUGAUGCUGUAAAUGGCACAUAUGAGCCAGAGCCUAUUUUAUGUCUGCUAUGUCUCCUGUUAGGAGACUAAUUCCCCAACUUCGAAGCCGAGACAACCAUCGGGAAGAUCAAAUUCCAUGACUUCCUAGGAAACUAGAUACUUCUCUCCUCCAGAUGGGGAGUCCUGUUCUCCCAUCCCCAGGACUUUACUCCAGUGUGUACCACAGAACUGGCCUGUGCUGCCAAGAUCAGCUUUGAGUUUAAGAAACGCAACGUCAAGAUGAUCGCUCUGUCCAUAGACAGCGUGGCUGACCAUCUUGCCUGGAGCAAGGAUGUGAUGCCGUUUAACAGUGAGAGUGGGUGCUCUCCCCUGCCCUUCCCCAUCAUCGCUGAUGAUGAGGGAGCUCUUCAGCUGGGCAUGCUGGACCCUGAUGAGAUUGACAAGGAUGGCAUGCCCCUCACCGCGCUCUGUGUGUUUGUGGUUGGUCCAGAUAAGAUGAAGCUGUCCAUCAUGUACCCGGCCACCACUGGUAGGAACUUUGACGAACUGCUUCGUGUCAUCGACUCUCUGCAGCUCACUGCUCUCGAGAAGUUGGCCACACCUGUUGACUGGAAGCCUGGUCAGAAGUGUAUGGUUAUUCCCGCUCUUUCUGGUGCCCACUGCAAGAGUAUCCACUGCUACUUAUCCAGUUAUUUUGUGACUUUUCAUAGUUGA